AUGGCGCGCGUCCCGGUUAUUGGCAGAUUAUUCUGGAAUCAAUACCUUGCGCUCUUUGGAUCGUUGCUUUUUAUCUUUCUUGAAGGAAUCCUACACCUGAUAACUUCGUCGCUGCCUCCGCCCGUGAUUGGCUUUUUCUACAGACAAUCUAAGCGACUCUUCAAUGUUCUUUCUCCGUCCCAGGCCUGGGCAAAACAGCGAGGGCUUUCGGCGGCGGUAGCGAAAGCACCUGAUUUCGUGGAGCUAUGUGCGCUGUUUGGGUAUGAGGCAGAGGAGCAUAUUGUGCAAACUGGAGAUGGCUAUCUGCUUGGCUUGCAUAGAAUAUCGUGCGCAAAGCAUGAACGGGGUAGGAGAGUGAACAGCGGAGAAGGGAGCUUACAAAAGCGAGUGGUGUAUCUCCACCAUGGGCUUCUGAUGAACAGCGAAGUCUGGGUGUGUUUGACGGACGAAGAACGUUGUCUACCAUUCCAGCUGGUGGAGCAGGGCUACGAUGUAUGGUUUGGGAAUAAUCGCGGGAAUAAAUACUCCAAGAAAUCCACGAUUCACUCGCCGGGCUCCACUGCGUUUUGGGAUUUCUCGAUGGACCAGUUUGCAUUUCACGAUAUUCCGGACAGCAUUGACUACAUCCUGUCUGCGACGUCGCAGAAGUGUCUAUCUUAUAUCGGCUUUUCGCAGGGAACGGCCCAGGCCUUUGCGACCCUGUCGAUUCACCCGGGUUUGAACCAAAAGGUCAGCGUGUUUAUCGGCCUUGCACCGGCAAUGUCACCUGCUGGGCUCCACAAUGGCGUGGUCGACUCGCUGAUCAAGGCUUCUCCGGACGUGCUGUUUCUUGCGUUUGGCCGGCGAAGCAUUUUGAGCUCCGCAACCAUGUGGCAGGCUAUCUUGUACCCGCCAAUAUUCGUCAGGAUUAUCGAUGUCUCUCUUUCUUUGCUGUUCAACUGGAGAGGAGCCAAUAUCAGCACGGUACAGAAGUUGGCGGCUUAUCCUCAUCUUUACUCGUACACUAGCACAAAAUCUGUCGUCCAUUGGUUUCAGAUCAUCCGGAACAAGAGUUUCCAAAUGUAUGACGACGAUGUUGGACCGACUCUGAAUAUUGGCGGAGUAGCGCGAUAUUACAAACCGGCCAAAUUUCCAACGAGGAAUAUCAGAACGCCGAUUGCGCUAGUAUAUGGUGGCAGCGACAGCUUGGUUGACAUCGACGUGAUGCUGAAAGAACUUCCCAGGCAUACGGUUGCAACGUCAAUCCCUCACUAUGAACAUCUCGACUUCUUAUGGGCAAAAGACGUGCACAAAAUGGUGUUCCCUCGUGUUUUUGAAGCACUCAGAAAGUUCGAUUCUAACGUGGGAAACGCUUCAUCUGGGAAGCAAAACCAUAACGCGGAGACCAACCCAGACGGGCUAUGA